CUGAUUGGCCGUGAGCGAGGCUCACUCGGCGCCGCCAGCCCCGGUCUCCAUGGCAACAGAGCACGUUCUCCCCCCGCCUUCCACCCCUCGGCACCCGCACCAGUUUGGUCCAGCCCCUGCGCUGGGUCCAGCGUGGCCGGGUCUGUGGAAGAAUUUGCGUGGACCCCCGUGCAUAAGGGGCUGGAUUCCUUGGAUUGGAGCUGGAUUUGAGUUUGGGAAAGCCCCUCUAGAAUUUAUAGAGAAAGCAAGAAUCAAGUAUGGACCAGUAUUUACAGUCUUUGUUAUGGGCACCCGAAUGACCUUUGUUACUGAAGAAGAGGGAAUUAAUGUGUUUCUAAAAUCCAAAGAAGUAAAUUUUGAACUAGCAGUGCAAAAGCCCGUCUAUCGUACAGCGUCAAUUCCAAAGAAUACUUUUUUAACACUGCAUGAAAAACUUUAUAUCAUGAUGAAAGGGAAAAUAGGGACUUUCAACCUAUAUCAACUCACUGGACAACUGACUGAAGAAUUAAAUGAGCAACUGGAGAACUUAGGCACUCACGGGACAAUGGAGCUGAACAACUUAGUAAGGCAUCUCCUUUAUCCAGUCACAAUGAAUAUACUCUUUAAAAAAGGUUUGUUUCCCACAGAUGAGAGAAAAAUCAGGGAGUUCUAUCAGCAUUUUCAAGCUUAUGACGAAGGUUUUGAGUACGGGUCCCAGAUGCCAGAACAUCUCCUAAGAAACUGGUCAAAAUCCAAAAAGUGGCUUUUAGCACUUUUUGAGAAAACUAUUCCAGAUAUGAAAACAUAUAGAUCUGCAAAAGAUAAUUCCAUGACGUUAAUGCAGUCUAUGCUGGAUAUCGUAGAGACGGAAAGAAAGGAAGAAAUGAGCCCCAAUUAUGGGCUCUUAUUACUUUGGGCUUCUCUGUCCAAUGCUGUCCCUGUUGCAUUUUGGACACUUGCAUUUGUCCUCUCUCAUCCCACUGUCCAUGAGACCAUUCUGGAAGGCAUAUCUUCUGUGUUUGGCACAGCAGGUAGAGAUAAGAUGAAAGUAUCUGAGGAUGACUUGAAGAAACUCCCACUAAUCAAGUGGUGUAUUUUGGAAGCCAUUCGUUUAAGAGCCCCUGGUAUCAUUACUAGAAAAGUGCUGAAGCCAGUUAAAAUUUUGAAUUACACGGUUCCUUCUGGUGACUUGUUGAUGUUGUCUCCAUUUUGGCUGCAUAGAAAUCCAAAAUAUUUUCCUGAACCUGAAUUGUUCAAACCUGAACGUUGGAAAAAGGCAAACUUAGAGAAGCAUGCUUUCUUGGACUGGUUCAUGGCAUUUGGAAGUGGGAAGUACCAGUGUCCUGGAAGAUUUUAUUUAUUUAUUUGACAGAGAGAGACACAGCGAGAGAGAGAACACAAGCAGGGGGAGUGGGAGAGGGAGAAGCAGGCUUCCCGCGGAGCAGGGAGCGCGAUGCAGGGCUCGAUCCCAGGACCCUGGGAUCAUGACCUGAGCCGAAGGCAGAUGCUUAACAACUGAGCCACCCGGGCGCCCCACAGUGACUGCUCUUGAGCAAGUUAGAUGUCUCCUGUUCAGAAACAGGGUUUAAUUCCCAGGAAAUGAGGACUGAAUUAAAACUGUACGGUGUCACCAUACCGCCCAUGGGCUAUUGUCUACCCAUUAUCUAACAUUCUCUUCCCUUCCUGACAGCCCUCGCUUUCGUUUGGGGAUCCAUGGGAUUCUGGGGUGCUGAUUCCGCCCCCAGCUCCAUAGGAGUGGAGCACUGUUCCCUAAGCCCAUCCGCAAAUCCCAUCCCUGUCCCCUCCCUCCUUCCCAUAAUGAUCGGUUUCAUUGUCAGAGUAGGUUUCAAGCAGUGCCAUUAACUACCUAGGUUUCUGUUGAGACUUCUGGGUCAAACAAUCAUUCCCUGUGGGAUGUGAAUUACAGAAGCACUUGGCCCCCAAAACUGUUGGCAGCUAUUUUGAGACAAUGAAAGCAGGCAGUGUUAGGAUGCAAUUGGUCCCGUAGAGCAGAGCAGUGGAGGCAAACUGGCUUCCUGGGAACAUCGCUGAGCUGCUGGAGUGAUCUCUGCCUGAGGCCAGCACCAGCUCUGUUUUUCAGGUACAUAAAGCAAUGCAUUGUCAACUUCCUCUAGAUCAGUGAUUCUUAAAGUGUGAUCCCCAGACCACCAGUAGUAACACUACCCGGAAACUUGCAAAAAAUGCACAUUCUUGGGCCCUUCCCCAGACCUACCAAAUCAGAAACUUUGGGAGAGGGGCACAGCGAUCUGUGUUUUAACAAGCCUUCCAGGGGAUUCUGACGCAGGUGAAAGUUUGACAACCACGAGCCCAGAAUACUUUGCCUCCUGCCACCAGACUGAUUUUAUUUUCCUAAAAGACUUCAAAGGCGGAUGAGGUUAUGGGGAAAGUCCUUCCCCUUUAAGUCGAGUAGCCAUGCAUGCAUGAAGGAUGCCUGUGAAAGUCUGUCAGUCUGCUGCCUUCCCUGAAUUCCAGGGCGAGAUCAUUCUAUUUUCAUAAGCCGCAGCUGGUAGCAACUCGGAAUAUACUUCAGAGCCCCUGCUCCUGGCAACCGUGGCAGUUUUCCAGCCCAUGCUGCCAUUGCCCGCAAUGACUUCUAGUAGGGGGGGAAAAAAAAGCAAGAGAUUUUCUUUUCAAAAGCAAGAGAGGGAGGCAAUAUCAAAAUCAAGACGUUAAACUAAAAUCUUUCGCUUCCCGUAAUCUUAGCAUUCCUUUUGUACCCCCUGUUUCUUUCUGAUGGAGCCCUGUUCUAGACCCCUGGCCUUUUAGAGUGACCCUCUACUCCUCGCUCUCUUUGGCCUUCCAUGAUGGCUCCCACCUCCUAAACCAGGUCUUCAUGCCCCACCAUCAGGUGACAUUAGAGUUUCCUAAGCCUUCUCCCAGGCUCUAUUAUCUCUUCUUUCAGUCCAUCUUACUCGCUACCCACAGAUUCAUUGUCCUCAAAUAAUCAUCUCAGACUCUCACUCUCAUGAAGACUCUGGUGCUGCUGUCUGCAGGCCAAGCUCAACAGCCUAGAACUCCAGGCUCCCCACAAUUUGAUGCUGAUUUACACCUUUCUGAACACGGGGAGGCGCCUCCCAGAGGGUCUACUAGCCCCCAGCUACAGUGCCCACUCCUUCGCUUGCUCAUACGCUCUGCUGCGUGUGGAAUGCCCGCACUCAACAUGUCUACUUAGUUAAAGCCCGUUUCCUUCCGUCCAGGUCUAGCUCAGGUUUGACCUCCACCAGAGCUAUCACCGAUUGCUCCAGAUCACAGCACUCUCUGCAGACUCCAAACGUCCACAGCCCUUUACUCAUAGUGUCACCCUGUCUCUCCAGGUGCAUUCCUAGCGUGAGAUCUGUUGCGUCAGACUCUGUGCUCUCGAGGUCUGUGUAGUGCUCCCUGAAUAUUUAUCUACAAACGGGGGAAACACCCAAGUACUAAGUAUUUAAGGAAUUUUCAACAUGUUUAUAUUUUAAUGAGCUUUAUUUGUAGAUGUGCAAUGUUGUCCU